GAGGAAGAAUGCGCUCACGCAUCCUCGGCUCAGCGACGCCCGCUAUUCGAAGAUUACGUCCCGAUUCCUUCCAAACCGCACCAUGGAUUUGCAAGGCAUGCCAGGCACAGCGCAUUCGUAGCCGACACUAUUCAGUUCCGUCCUUCCCCGACCAGAAGCCGUUCUACAUCACCACCCCCAUAUUCUACGUCAAUGCAGCCCCCCAUGUUGGCCAUCUCUAUACGAUGGUCCUCACGGACAUCAUCAAACGGUGGAGAGUGCUGAAGGGAGAGAAGGCCUUGCUUUGCACAGGAACCGACGAACAUGGUCUAAAGGUUCAACGAGCGGCUGCGAAAGCCGGCAUCGAGCCUAAGCUCUUCUGUGACAAAGGCGCCGCUAUUUUCAAGCAACUGGCUCAGAAGGCGCUUAUCACGAACGACCACUUCGUACGAACGACGGACCGGGAGCACAAAGACGCAGUAGAGUAUGCCUGGUUCUUGCUAAAAGAGAAGGGCUACAUAUACACCGAGAAGCAUGAGGGCUGGUACUCCGUCACGGACGAGGCAUUCUAUCCGCAGUCGGCGGUUCAGCCGUAUCUCGACCCCCCUACUGGGCGGAAGAUAAUGACGUCCAUCGAGACGGGGAGCGAGGUAGAGUGGGCGUCCGAGAAGAACUAUCACUUUCGCCUCUCUGCAUUCCGCAAUCGUAUCCUCGACUUCUACAAGCAGAAUCCUGAGUGGAUCGCACCCGAACACCGCAUGAAGGAGGUUGUACAAGCUGUAGAGUCUGGCCUCGAAGAUCUUUCUAUCUCGCGUCCGUCUGAUCGUCUCACUUGGGGCAUCCGUGUCCCUGAAGACGACACUCAGACUAUUUACGUUUGGCUCGACGCCCUCAUGAACUACGCCACGAAAGCUGGGUAUCCCUGGACCCCCGGCCGCGAGCAUGCCGGAGGCUGGCCCGCUGACUGCCAUGUCAUCGGGAAGGAUAUCGUUCGAUUCCACUGCAUCUAUUGGCCAGCCUUUCUGAUGGCUCUGGGACUGCCACUCCCACGAAAGAUUCUCACUCAUGCACACUGGACCCUCGGGGGCGCGAAGAUGUCCAAGUCCACCGGACGAGUUGUCGAUCCCUUCCUCGCCCUAGACCGAUUUGGGCCCGAUGUCAUGCGAUUCUACCUGGCGCACGACGGCGGCAUUCAGGACGACUCGAACUACGACAAUAUUCGCAUAAUAACCUUGUACAACAAGUUCCUAAACUCAUCAUUCGGCAACCUGGCGUCCCGAGUUACGAGAGGCAGGAAAUGGAGCGUGCGAGGAGCAGUAGAGCGAAUAGGGCCAUGGCCAGCAGAGCAAUGGCAGGAAGGACCAGGCUCACGGUUCUACAACAAUAGUUUGUUAGUAGCGCCUCCGAAAGCCGCAGCAUCUCUCGACGCACAUGAUCCGAGGAUGGCGGUAUCUCAUAUUGCCGAGCUCGUCCGAGCUGCAAACCGGUUCUUCCAGAUGUCCUCGCCCUGGGACAAGGUCUUGCCUUACGGUCCUGGUGAACCUGGCGAAGAAGUGGACAAGAUUAUCUACCUCGCAUCCGAAGCACUCCGCAUGACUGGUAUUCUUCUGCAGCCAUAUAUGCCCAACAAAGCGAAGAUGCUGCUUGACCAGCUUGGUGUCGAUGGGUCGCGGCGGACGUUUGCGUAUUGUAGGCCCGGUCGCGAUUUGGAGUAUGGGGCGCCAAUGAUUGAUUUGGGCGUGAGGCACGAGGGAGCUUUAUUCCCGCCUCUUUCAAGCGAAGAGUAGGCGCUUCGUUGUAUCAUAUGUAGUAUAGUAGACAAUCCGAGAGUCAUCC